AUGCUACCAAGCAGAUAUGUUAAGCAUUCGCCUCCAAAAGCAACAUCAAUUGCAUCUGCAACUGAACCCAAAAUCUCCGCCCAAGUGCUGGUUCUCGGAGACAUUGGGCGCAGUCCACGCAUGCAAUACCAUGCCGCGAGUAUAGCAAAGCAUGGUGGUAGAGUGGAUGUGAUUGGAUACCAAGAAUCCAGUCUUCAUCCUGCUCUUGUUGGCAAUCCUCUCGUCACGAUCAUUCCAUUACCUCCCCCACCAUCCCUCCUCCGAUCGAAUGCCCUUCCAUUUAUCCUCGGAGGUCCAUUGAAAGUCUUAUGGCAGAUCUGGAGUUUAUUUUACACUUUGGCAUACGUUACGAAACCUUCGAGAUGGCUGCUCAUACAGAAUCCACCUUCAAUACCGACCUUGUUCAUUGCAAUGGUCAUUUGUUUUCUACGGAACACCCAUCUGAUCAUCGACUGGCAUAAUUACGGCUGGACGAUUCUCGCAGGUACUCGGGGAGAUAACCACCCUUUCGUAAGGAUUUCGAAAUAUUAUGAAGCCAUUCUGGGCAGUUGGGCACCUACGGCAUCGUUCACUGUAACACAUGCUAUGCAGAAGCAAUUACGGAACGAGCCUUACAACAUUCGAUCACCAAUAUUUACAUUGCACGAUCGACCCGCUGCUAUAUUCCAGCCUGUCAGUGGCACGGAGGCGAGGCGAGCUUUUCUUGAAAGGCUGCCAGAGACCGCUGAGCAUGCUGAGAAGAUUCUGGCAGGGAAAACCAGGCUGCUGGUAAGCAGUACGUCCUGGACUCCGGACGAAGAUUUCAGCCUGCUGCUGGAAGCUUUGUGCUCCUAUGCAUCUUCGAGCAAGCCUCUCCCACCGAUUCUUGCAAUUAUCACCGGCAAAGGCCCGCAGAAGCAAAUGUAUCUUGACCGCAUAGCUUCACUCACUAGAGACUCGAAGUUACAGAAUGUUAAAAUCCUGACAGCAUGGUUGAGUGCCGAAGAUUAUGCAACAUUACUUGCUUGUGCAGAUCUUGGUGUCUGCCUGCAUAUGAGCAGCAGCGGGGUAGAUCUGCCCAUGAAAGUGGUCGACAUGUUCGGUGCUGGACUCCCUGUUGUUGGCUAUGGGAACUACGAAAGCUGGAGCGAACUUGUCAAAGAGGGUGUGAAUGGUCGAAGCUUUGUCACAAGUGCGGAACUGGCCCAGGUGCUAGGAGAGCUGUUCAGUGACCCUGAGGCAAAGGAAUUGUCAAUGUUAAGGAAAGGUGCUGUGAGUGAAGGGAAGCGGAGGUGGGAUGAAGAAUGGGAUGAAGUUGCUGGAAGACUCCUUGGUCUCUGUGAUUGA